GAAAAGAUAACCUAAAACGCAUGAGACUCGUGAUUGUUAAUAAAUUAAUAUUUAAAGUUUAAAAUACUACUUAAUUGUGAUUCAGGAACUGACAUUGUUAAUAAUAACAUUAAAUGUCGUUUCUUUUAUUACAGUUUGAUCAGGACAGCCGCAAGCGGUUAGAAGGCAUGAUGACGGAGAUUCCUCAAUUAAAUUUAUUUUUGAAAUGUAUUAAUUUGAAUCUUCGGAGUUCCAGAGUUGACCAUCUUCAUGAAUUGUUAAAUGAUCCGAUAUUCGCUGCAAAAACUUUGAAGGACAAACAACAUCUGAUACAGAAUAAGAAGGAAGUCACACGAUUCGCGAGACUCUUACUAACCUAUGUCACAGUUGGUGGUUUCAUUUGGCCAAUGUCCUUUUGUUUUCGGCGAAUUAAAGAUCCCAAUACAGUUGUACCUUUUUACGUCCCGUUCACGCCAGAUAACUGGACGAAAUUUAUUCUGCAACUCUUUAUGCUCUGCUUUCCGAUAUUCUGGGUCGGCUAUGGACAUGUCACAUUGGAUUGCCUUAUUGUGACAUACUACGCACAAGCACAGGUUCAGCUGAAAAUAAUUAAGUAUAAUUUAGAGAAUUUGUUCGAAUCGACAAAAAGCGAUAUACGAAUUUCAAAUUCUGAUGUUGAUGUUAAGAAUCGCUUUUUGCAUUACGUGAAACGUUUCGAUAAAGUAAAUUGGCUCAUAAACGAGGUCACCGACAUUUUCAAUCCAUGUCUGACAUUUCAGUUUUUCACGUCAUCUGUCGCGAUAUGUAUGGUGAUAUACAAAUUGAGCGAUACCUACAUUGUGUCCUUAGAAUUUGUGUUUCUGUUGAAUUUUAUAUUCGUGUUGUUGACUCAAAUGUUUAUAUACUGCUAUUACGGUAACGUUGUCAGCUACGAGAGCAAAUAUAUAAAUACUUCGUUGUAUUUGAGUGAUUGGUCAUCAGCAUCGCCAGGUGUCCGCAAAAUGUUUCUGAUCGUGAUGCCGCGGUGGACGAGGCCGCUGGUAGUGCGAAUCGCUAGAGUCGUACCCCUAUCUUUGGACAGUUUCGUUUCUAUAGUCAAAUCGUCAUAUACUUUGUAUACAAUAUUAGUAACAAAGAACAGCAUCGCGUCAGAAGAGGCAAUAAUGUAAAAAUGCAAAAUUCACGUCAUUCACGUCAUAUACUUAGACGAUGUAUGAAAAACAAACUAGCUGUUUUAAUAAUAGACUUAAAACAUUCAUUAUGACUGUUGAGCAAUUUUAAAGAAGAUAAUGCACAAUAAUAAAUUAUUCACGAUCAA